GCCAGUAGUGGUCCUUCUUGUGUGCAGUUCGGAGUCCAGGAUCUUCCUCUUCCACACUUCUCUUUAUAAGUCACAUAUCGUACGAUAACCUGAUCAGGAUGAACGGUGUGAACGGUCUGAACGGACACACGAACGGUGAGCUGAAUGGCUCAGGAAAGGGGACGUGGACUAUUGGCCUCAUCAAUGUCCAAUUCCGCUACCUCACCGCUGAGACCUUUGGGUUCAAGAUUAACGCAAAUGGUGCUUCCCUCAAAAAGAAGCAGAUGUGGACAUUGGAACCCGUACCAUCAGAAGCCCAGACCGUAUACCUCAAGUCUCACUUGGACAAGUACCUCGCUGUGGACACCUUCGGUAAUGUCACCUGUGAGAGCGAAGAAAAGGAGCAGGGUUCCAAGUUCCAGAUCCAGGUCUCUGAUGAGGGCCGCUGGUCCCUGAGGAACGUUGCCAGGGGGUACUACCUAGGGGCUUCCUCUGACAAGCUGACCUGCACCGCCAAGGUUCCUGGUAACCCGGAGUAUUGGCUCGUCCACCUGGCUGCCAGGCCGCAGGUUAACUUGCGCUCCGUCGGCAGGAAACGCUUCGCCCACCUUUCAGAAAAUUUGGACGAGAUCCACGUAGACGCAAACAUCCCCUGGGGUGAAGAUACCCUCUUCACCUUGGAGUUCCGCAGCGAGGAAGGCGGCCGCUAUGCCAUCCACACUUGCAAUAACAAGUACUUGAGCCGCGAGGGCAAGCUUGUACCCAGCGUCACUCCCAACUGCCUCUUCUCGGCCGAGUACCACAGCGGCCAGCUGGCACUCCGCGACUCCUCCGGUAACUACCUCAGUCCUAUCGGUUCCAAGGCGGUCCUCAAGACCAGGUCGCAAGGCGUCACCAAGGACGAGCUCUUCACUCUCGAGGACUCGCUUCCCCAAGCUUCCUUCGUAGCUGCACUCAACUCCAGAUACGUCUCUGUCAAACAAGGUGUUGAUGUUACUGCUAACCAAGAUGAAAUCUCUGAUCAUGAAACAUUCCAGCUGGAAUUUGACAAUGAUACUAAAAGGUGGUACCUUAGAACAAUGCAAGACCGCUACUGGACUCUGGAAACAGGUGGUGGAAUUCAGGCUUCAGGAGAUAAAAGAUCAUCAAAUGCUCUAUUUGAUCUGGUUUGGCAAGGAGAUGGAUCAGUCUGCUUCAGGGCGAAUAAUGGAAAAUUUGUGGCAACAAAAAGAUCUGGUCAUCUCUAUGCUAAUCAAGAUACUAUUGAUGACACAUGCAAAUACUUCUUCUAUCUCAUCAACAGGCCAAUCCUGGUUUUGAAAUGUGAACAAGGAUUCGUUGGUUAUAAGGCUGGUUCUAACAUUCGUCUAGAAUGUAACAGAGCUACUUAUGAAACUAUUCAAGUUGAAAGGGGUGAUAAAGGUGUUGUAUUUUUCAAAGGAACCCAAACAGGUAAAUACUGGCAUGUUGACAGUGAAGGUGUGACAGUAGAAUCUGAUACCCCCGAAGGAUUUUUCCUUGAACUUCGGGAGCCUACCAGGAUCUGCCUGAAAGUUGCUUCCCCUGGGGGUGGCUACCUCAGUGCUGGCAAAAAUGGAGCUUUCCGGCUUGGGGAUCAGGAUUAUGCCUCAGCCACCAAAUGGGAGUACUAACUACACUGACCUCUAUAUAGGCCCCAAUAUAUUUAUGUAGGCUAAUGAUUUUAUCUUAAACCCUUCCCUAAGUAUAUUGCCUGUUUUUGCAUAGUUAUAGCUAUUUUUUUAAGUUGUACGAUACUAUGAGGAACACACUAUUAAAGAAAAAAACAUCGCAUUUAAUUUAUUAAUAGAUACAUCCCAGGAUCCUUUGCUUAAAUGGUUGUGGCCUUUACAUUAUUUAAAAGAAAGAUAAUAAACUCAUCUUUUCUAAUGUUUUGAUUUAAAAAAUGCAAUCUUUUUAUAAUAUAAGGUGUUUUUAGUCCAAAGAAAAUGUAAAUUAGUAUGUAGGAUAUGAUAUAUUAUGUGGCUGUAUUUGUAAGUUGUGUUUCUUUUAAAUAUAGUUAUUUUAAUAGUAAAGUCAGAAUAACAAAAAAAUGAUACACUGAAUUUAUCAAAAUUAUCUUAUUUAUGAGACUGAAAAUUUGGAUUAUAAUUCUUGAACUAAUUUGAUUGUAACUUUUGGUACCAGAUAAAGAUUUUCAUUACAAUUUGUGUACUAUAUAUAUGUUUUUACACAACUGUUUUAUACAUUUAUAUAAUUCAUACUUUGUAUACUUAAAUGCCAAACUUCUACUUAGAAAACAUAGGAUAGAUUAAUUGUGUGUUGAAAAGUUAUUUUAUCUAUUUAUAGACUAAUAUUUAUAAAUAUAUAUGUACACACACACAUACAUGAAUCAAAACUGCCAAAAACCAGCAUACUUUGCCAAAAUGGAUAAUCAAAAAGCAACAUUCCUGAAAAUGCAAGGGUUCGUUCAAUAAACAUUUUCUGAAUAUAUGGUCUUUGUAUAUUGAAAACUGUAAUACUCAAGAAAAUUUUACUGGGUUAUCAUGAUGUUUAAUUGUAUAUAACUAAUAUUCAAAUUAUGUUGCAGUAUAUUGGUGUUGACAUGCUCAUAACAUUGUAGUGAUUAAAAAGUGUUGUAUUUAGCAAUCGAUGUGUCAUUUUGUUUUAUUCUUGUUUUGUUUCAAAAUUUUAAAUGUUUGUGCACAUCAAAUAUAAAGGAACCAGAAUUUGCAUUUAUGACGUGACAGCCAUGUGCUAAUUAAGCUUUUUGGCAACAUUGGCGAUGGUUCAUCUAAGUUUAAAGUUUAUACUUAUACAAUUUUAAGCUUAGUUUAUUUAUUGAUAUUGAUUUGUAUUAAAUUGUUUUUAAUUAUACAUUAUUGUAUUGUAUAUAUUAUAUUUUAUUUGGAAUUAAAAUUAAGUUACUCUUGAAAAAUAAAAUAUUUUAAUUCUUUAUAUUAUUAUCUGAUUGAUUAUUUAUGCUGUUUCAGAUUUUAUUUUAAAUGGUUUAUAAUUAUGAUAGAGAUAAAAACAUAUUUAUGAGAAAAUAUAUGUAAGCACAAUUUGG